UGGGAAAUGAAUUGUUUUGGCAAAAUAUUACCAUGAAAUUCUUAUUCUUACAUUCCAAUUGGCCUUAACCUUAACGGCCAUUUCCGGCAAAUGUAUUUUUUUACAACAGUUUUGCGGUAAUUUCACGUAAAGAAAUCGAGUCCAACAUGAAAGAAGAACGCAACUGAACUGGAAUACUUGUCAAAUCGCUCAGGAUUUUACUGCGGGGCGGUCUCACACCAGCGACCCGUCCCCACAAAUCACAAGCAGCGUCGUGGGCAGGAUAUAGUCCACGUGGCGUCCACCUGCGCGGCAAAAUCCGAUGGCGCGCGCUCCCCAUUGGCCGGCGACAUAUCCACCCUAGCUCCCCGGGGAUUUCCCCAUCCUGUGGCCGCGGCGCUCCGCGGCGCCACGAUUAAAUAUCAACUCGCCCGCCGUGACCGUCCUGCUCGCUCCCGAUCACACCGUCCGCCACCGGAAGAGAGAGCCCCCCUACGACGACGACGACCAUGGCGCUCGCCUCCACCUCCGCCACCGCGUCCGCGGCCGUGCUCAAGACGCCCUUCCUCGGGGCGAAGCGCGCGCUCGCCAAUGCCGUCGGCGUCGCGGGCGCCAAGCCCGCGCCGCGCCGCGCGCUCGUCGUGUCGGCCAAGAAGUCGUGGAUCCCGGCCUUCAAGAGCGACGCCGAGUUCAUCAACCCGCCGUGGCUCGAUGGCUCGCUCCCCGGUGACUUCGGCUUCGACCCGCUGGGGCUGGGCAAGGACCCGGCGUUCCUCAAGUGGUACAGGGAGGCGGAGCUGAUCCACGGGCGGUGGGCGAUGGCGGCGGUGCUGGGGAUCUUCGUCGGGCAGGCGUGGAGCGGCGUGCCGUGGUUCGAGGCCGGCGCGCAGCCGGAGGCCAUCGCGCCCUUCUCCUUCGGCUCCCUCCUCGGGACGCAGCUGCUGCUCAUGGGCUGGGUAGAGUCCAAGCGGUGGGUCGACUUCUUCAACCCGGACUCGCAGGCGGUGGAGUGGGCCACGCCGUGGUCGCGCACCGCCGAGAACUUCUCCAACGCCACCGGCGAGCAGGGCUACCCCGGCGGCAAGUUCUUCGACCCGCUCGGCCUCGGCGGCGAGACCAGGGACGGCGUCUACAUCCCGGACACCGACAAGCUCGACCGGCUCAAGCUCGCCGAGAUCAAGCACGCCCGCCUCGCCAUGCUCGCCAUGCUCAUCUUCUACUUCGAGGCCGGCCAGGGCAAGACGCCGCUCGGCGCCCUCGGCCUAUGAGCAAUCAACCCCGCUCUCGCUCGCCAUGGAUCUGACACACAGAGUUGGGUUUCGCUUGCAUGCGCGCUUCGUGUUUGAUCGCUAGCUGUUGCAUCGAUCGGGCGCGUGCAUGGGCUCGGAUCGAACGAUUGGAGGUCGGAGGAGCAGUAGCAAAAUGUAUCUUGUUGUGUUCGUGGCCGCUUUUGGGUUGGGUGGUGUGCGUGAACCAAAUGGGGGAAUUAAUCAAGGAGUUAUUUUUUUUUAUUUUUCUUCCCAGUGUAUGUACCAUAUGUAAUAUAUAUAAUUAAGGCUGCAGGAUGAGCAAGGAUAUUUCAUUGAUCUCA